AUGCCAGAAGUUCGUCCUAAGGUCGCAUUGGUAACAGGGGCAUCAAGCGGAAUUGGCUUUGCCUCUGCCAUAGAAUUCGCCAAGAGGGGCUACGUUGUGUUUGCCGGGGCCAGGAGGUUGGAGCCCAUGCAAAAAUUAAAAGACGAUUAUGGCAUCAAUAUCUUCCAAUUGGAUGUCGCCGACCUUGAGAGCGUCAGAGAAGCGAAAAAGUACGUCGAGUCAGUAACUGGUCUCCAGUACUUGGACAUUUUGUACAACAAUGCUGGCCAAUCGUGUACAUUCCCCGCUUCAGAUGUGACAGACGACCAGAUCAAGCAAUGCUUCGAAGUCAACGUUUACGGGCCAAUGAGGAUGGUGCGUGAGUUUGUACCAUUUGUGAUCAACGCCAAGGGAGUAAUUGGCUUCACGGGUUCCGUUAGUGGCAUCUUGCCAUUUCCCUUUUCGUGCACUUACUCGGCUUCGAAAGCCGCGAUUCACCUGUAUGCGGCCACCUUGAGAUUGGAAAUGAGACCUUUGGGAGUAAAAGUCAUCAAUAUAGUCACCGGAGGGGUGAAGACUGAUAUCGAAGACAAGAGAUCGUUACCGGACACUUCACUUUACAAUGUUCCUGGAAUCGAUGAAGCGUUCAGAGAGCGCAGGCAAAUGUCGGCAAGAACUUUCCCCGUUCCCGCUGACAAAUAUGCGAGAGCAGUCGCCAGCGAUUUUGAAAGAGCCAGAUUGGGUGGGAAAUUGAAUCUUUACCGGGGAAGAAUGGCGUCGGUCUUGUGGUUCUUGUCGACAUUCGUGCCCCACUUUAUAGUGGAGUGGAUAAUGAUUUACAAAUUCAAAUUAGGGCAAGUCUUCAGCGGGGUCAAGAAGAAAUAUGCAAAGUAA